AUGUGCCACUUUGUGUUAUCUUCUCUUUGUUGUAGACAUCAAUUGCUUGGUAUGUCUCUCUUUGCGGAGCACCUGUACUAUUCAGAGUUGAAAUCUGGUAUGAUUUGGAGAGCCAACAAGUAUACUGGCAAAGUCUUAGUCACAAUUAGCCUGAAGCCAUCAUUUUUUCCACCAGUGGAGAUAAAAGUGGUGCAUCCAUUCAAACAGCCAGGUGCAAGAACAGAUUCUCAGGAUUUCGAAAAAGGAACUUGUGAUUUGAACAAAGAAAAGUGCAGAAGAAGAAUCUGCAGGCCAGACUCAAGGACUCAUCGGUGUAAAUGUUCUAGUGGCUUUAUUUUAAGUCGAAAUAAACAGUUUUGUGAAGAUAUCAAUGAAUGUGGCUUCUGGAAUCACGGCUGUACUUUGGGCUGUGUGAACAUCCCUGGUUCCUAUUACUGUACCUGCCCGAGAGGUUUUGUUCUGCUGCCUGAUAGGAAAACGUGUCAUGAGCUAAUUUCCUGCACAAGUAACGACACUGAAUGUAGCCAUGGUUGCCUUCAAACAUCUAAGGGGCCUGUUUGCUUUUGUCCUGAAGGAUCUGUACUCAAAGUGGAUGGCAAAGCAUGCACAGGUUGUACAUCUCCAGAUAAUGGAGGCUGUAGUCAGAUAUGCUCUUCUUUAAGCCCAUCCUCCUGGAAGUGUGCUUGUUUUCCUGGAUAUAAGCUUCAGCGAGACAGAAAGCACUGCACUGCUAUAGGUCCUAAGCCAUUUUUGUUAUUUGCAAAUGGCCAAGAUAUCCGCCAGAUCAGUUUUGAUGGAACAGAUUAUGCAAGUUUACUUGACUGGCAGAUGGGAAUAGUCUUAGCACUGGACUCUGACCCAGUGGAAAAUAAGAUUUACUUUGCCCACACCGCCUUGAAAUGGAUAGAACGAGCUAAUCUGGAUGGCUCAAAUCGGGAAAAAGUUAUUCAUGAAGCUAUAGAUAUACCCGAAGGCCUCGCUGUGGACUGGAUUAACCGUAAAUUGUAUUGGACAGACAGAGGGAAGGCAUGCAUCGAAAGGAGCAACCUGAAUGGAAUGCAAAGAAAAAUGAUCAUCUGGGAGGAUAUCUCCCAGCCGCGAGGGAUUGCCGUUCACCCAUUUGCUAAGAGAUUAUUCUGGACUGACAUGGGGGUCAAUCCCCGAAUUGACAGCUCUUCGUUAGAAGGCAUCGAUCGCCAGGUUAUAGCCAGCACUGGUCUGGUGUGGCCCAGCGGAAUAGCUCUCGACUACUUAGCCAACAAGUUGUACUGGUGCGAUGCUAAGCAGUCAGUGGUUGAGAGCGCAAACCUGGAUGGUUCUGGUCGUCGAAUUCUUGCACAGAAUGAUGUAGGUCACCCUUUUGAUGUAGUGGUGUUUGAAGAUCACCUUUGGUUUUCUGACUGGGCUAGGCCAUCACUAAUGAGGGUGGACAAGAAGACCGGCCAAAACAGGGUACGUCUUCGAGGCAGCAUGCUGAGACCCUCAUCAAUGGUUGUAGUUCAUCCUUUGGCGAAACCAGGGGCAAAUCCUUGCCUUUAUGAGAAUGGAGGCUGUGAUCAGAUCUGUGAAAACAAUUUUGGAGUUGCCCAUUGCAUGUGCCACCCAGGAUUUGGGAAAACUCAAGAUGGAAAAACCUGUCAUGCUCUGGAUGCUUCCAGCACAACAGCAGGAAGCGUCUCUGUGCGCAAGGCAGCAGUGCCGAUGCCAACACCAGAGACCUUGCUCUGGAGCACACAAAGCAGUGGGAUAUUCGAGGAUACAGACAGUGGGGAAAAGCAGAAAAUCAGCAUUUUGUUGACGGCUGAAAUCAUGGUAUCAGAUCAAGAUGACUGCACUGCACUAGAAUGCGACGUCAACGCACAGUGUGUUUUGCUGGAAGAUGGUGCUAUGUGCCAGUGUUUGAAAGGAUUUACCAGGAAGGGGAAAUCAUGCUAUGAUGUUGAUGAGUGUGCUGUAAAUAUGGAUCACUGUAAUCGAAACGUUUCGAGCUGUAUCAAUACGGAAGGGGGCUACGUCUGUAAAUGUCUGGAAGGCUACACUGGAGACGGAGUCCAUUGCUACGAUAUUGAUGAGUGCAAGACGGGGUCCCACACCUGUGGAGAGAACAUAACCUGUAUAAAUACAGAAGGAAACUUCACUUGCUCAUGUGCUGAUGAUGCUUCUGGAACUGGCAUCGGUUGCAAAUCUACCGUGUCCCCCCCUGUUGUCAGCAAUGAAUACUCUACACACUCUGUGCAAGGUGAUGUUGUAGGAUGCCCUCCUUCCUACGAGUCAUACUGCCUCCAUGGUGGAGUGUGCAAUUAUGUUUCUGAUCUACAAGACUAUGCCUGCAACUGCGUGACGGGCUACGUCGGGGAGCGGUGCCAGUUCAGCGAUCUAGAGUGGUGGGACCAGCAGCACGCCGAGCGAGUGAAGAUGCGGAAUAUCACCAUCACAGUGUGCGUAGCAGUGCUGGUCCUCCUGCUACUGCUGGGGUCCCUGGCUGCCUACUGCCACAGAAGUCAAAACUUGUAUAAGAAGAAUCUCUAUGCAGAAGCGAUAGGAGAUGCCAGCAGCCCCACUGACAAUGAGAACGUGACACCUACUAGCAACAAGUCUCGGCUUGUGGUUGUUAAGGAGUGUAACAGUUCUCUGGAGACUAAAGCGGUUGAUCUAAUUGAGUGUGAGACAGCAGAUCCUCAUCCUGCCUGUCCUUCAGAAUAUGUGGAAGAACAGACUGUAACAUACAACAAAGGAGCAGAGACUUUGGCAAAAGAACGAGGCUGUCGACAAGACAUUCCUGUUGGUGAGAAAUUGCGUCAGCCCAUGGGAAUGGUGAAGGGCCCUCCUUGGAGCAUCCACUCCCAGCCCCUGGUGGAAAGGGAGCCCUGCGAGCUUGCCCCAGCCAGCCGGCUGAUGCAGCCAGACUAG